AUCCCUUUUGAUGCAGUUCCCUAUGUCCUUGUCUUUUCUUUAGUUGUGCUUUGGUCAGUUCGCAUAUUUGAUUAUGUAUUUCCUCAGUCCAGUUGCGUUAUUGUUGAGGAUGGGGAAGUCGUUGCCUCAGGAAGAAAUCGAACGAAUGAAACAAGAAAUGCUACAAGACAUGCGGAGAUGGUAGCAAUUGAUUUUCUAGUUGAACAGUGGCAGAAAAUUGGACUUUCACCUCUUGAAGUUUCCGAAAGAUUCUCAAAGUGCAUUCUGUAUGUUACCUGUGAGCCUUGUAUAAUGUGUGCAGCAGCCUUAUCAUAUCUUGGAAUAAAAGAGGCAUAUUACGGAUGUGCAAAUGAUAAAUUUGGAGGUUGUGGAUCUAUACUAUCACUGCAUACCAGCUGCUCUGAGAUUCUCACUAGUGGAUUUGCCUCGUCAAAAAAGGGUUUCAAAUGCACUGCUGGAAUAAUGGCUUCUGAAGCAGUCUAUCUUCUUCGAAGCUUCUAUGAGCAAGGAAAUCCGAAUGCUCCAAAGCCUCAUAGACCUAUAAAGCAGCGGGUAUAGAGGUACAAGUGUCAGUGUUUCAUUCAACUUCUAGUGUGAGAGGUACAAUCUGUAGGUUAUCAUCCAUUUUUGGUAGGAUUGUAUAUAGCUCUUAGACAGCUGAAUAUAUUUUUGUUUGAAGUGUAUAUCUGUUGAUUACUCUUGUACUACUAAUUAAGACGAAGGAGCCGUCUACGGUUCUUUCUGUGGUUGUACACACUUCAAGGUAAGUUAACUAAUCUAAGCAGCUAGUCCUGUUCUAAAUGC